UGCUGAUGUAGAGCAAGUUGCUUCUCGUCACCUCAGAUUCCUAUCACAAUGGCGAACUUCUUACAAUUCGUUCUUCUCUCGUGCAUCGCCUUCUUCUCUUUCGCGUGCUGCGAAGAUGUGAAGCUACCCCAGGGCAAUAAGAUAGCCAUAGAUAUCUUGCAAAAGCUUCAGUCAGCCCACGAAGUUGCAGUGAACCAGAAAGCUCAGGAAGAGCUGUUUUUGAGUCUCCCUCUGGUAGCUCCCAACCAGACCGAUUCGGUUACUGUCGCAAAUACAACGGCCACUGUUUCAACGCCUCCCAAAAUCCGCCAUCGAGAACGCACCGCAGAAGCUGCGUCCAGUGCGAAUUAUGACAAACGCCAGGUCACCUCGUGCAGCACGCGGUUGACCUAUGAAGGCCAGGAUCCAUGCGAAGGAAAAGAGAAGCUGCCUAAUUUUGUGCCGUGUGACCAGCCUUGCAAAUACACUCUUGAUUGGUUUGUUGCGAAUGCAGUCGCCCGACCAGAAAUUGAUGAAUGUUUAUUCUACACAUCUGGGUUAUCGGAGAGAGCAAAAGCCUAUGCUAGAGAGCAUAACGCAGUGUCGCGUCACAAACUGACCACGAUUUGGUUCAUCUGGGCCGACAAGCAAUUCACCUGGAACAAGAACGUUGACAACCCCAUGCGCUGCAUCAUCCAAGACGACGUGUAUCCAGGACGACGCAACCAAAUCCGGUAUACAUACUUCCAAAUGAUGUCCGACAGCAUGGCAUUCAUGUGCGGCGGCAAAGUCGCGGUCAUGGACAGGAACAUACGACGAGGACGGACGGGGAAGGUCAAACAAGCGGGGAUAUGGCAGCAAAAAGAGUUCCCACGACUGAAAAUGGACGCAGAUCAUAAGUGGAAAGAUGGUAAUGGGAAAAAUCGCGUAGCCACGAGAAUCGAUGCGAUUGGGGAGAAUCUUCUUAGCGUGCCUGAUACGCUUAUCUGGUGGAAGAGCUGGUGGUAUCGAGGUGGCCCGGACUGGCCAAACGAGUUUACUAAACCGUUCAAAAGAAGGAGUGUUGAUGGGGAUGUUAAUGUGACUGAUCAUGCCGUGCUGGAAGAAGCUCGAAGCUUACACAAAAGGGAUUUCGAUACUUCCGUUUUCGAUGAGGGCGGGAGACUAGCAAUUGACUGGUAGAGUGGCAGGAUUGCGUAGCUUAUAGAAAUGAAGCCGGGGAGUCGGGUUUGAUAAAUCUAUAUCGCACUGCGAUGUGUCAGACACGAGUUCGACACAAUGGCGAGCAUUUUAGUUAUAUGCUGAGUGGUAACAAAUGAUAAACGUUGAGGAAGUCUAUUGCCUUCUUAAGCAAAAGUAACACC